GUUUUGCCACGCUUCCGCGUUGUCGUCUUCUCUGGUCAAAGUGGAGCAGCCGCCGAAACGGCUCCGUUGCUUCUCCCUCUUCCCUUCUUCUUCUUCUUCUUCUUCCGAAGCAUGCCUCGCUCUCGAAGCCCGAACCCUAGCAAUUUCAUAUAACCUCUUCAAAUCGUCGCAGGAUCUCGCGAUUGCCCCCUUCUCCCGCACGAUUUCCGCAUAAAGAUAGCAAAUGCCAGAGGAGGAUCUGCUCGAGCUUAGGUUUCGGCUCUAUGAUGGAUCGGACAUCGGUCCCAUCCGGUAUUCUUCGUCUUCCACCAUUGCCAUGCUCAAAGAGAGGAUUGUGUCGGAGUGGCCACGAGUCCUUGCGAGUUGUGUUGAUCUUGUGGUACUCUUGAAGGAGGGUGCUCCAAAUUUAGUUCGUUUGUCGUGUAUGCUUCAUGCCAAUCAAGAGUUAUUCGGAUAUCAUGUGCAUUUGACCCGUGAAGAUAAGCAGAUUAUACCAAAAAUCGCUAAUGAUGUCAAAUUGAUAAGUGCGGGGAAAAUCUUGGAGAACAGCAGAACAAUCUCUCAGUGCAAGCCAACUUUUGGUGAGCUCCCUGGAGGUAUUAUCACCAUGCAUGUUGUUGUGCAGCCAUCAUCAGCUAAGUCUAAAACAGAGAAGAAAGUUGAUGAGUUGCCAAAGAAGGCAGCCUGUUACUGUUCGAUAUUGUAGAGCAAUGAAUCUCUUCUAUGGUACGUAGUUAGCAGCAAUAGAAUCAUAUCCAGCUUUUCAUUUAGCGGAAGAGAAGGAUGGCACAAAACUCAUGGCAUGUGUUCUUUUCUUGAAGGAAGGUUCUAAUCCUUGCCUCGCUCCGUCGAAGUUGUUAUAACAUGCUAAUCAUCUGUGAAAGAAGAGAGGGUCUUAAAUGUCUGAUAUGUAUGUAUGAAGUAAAUUGUCUAGUUUCAUUGCGUUUAGGCUACAGUUUUUCCUUGUAACAAAAGUAUUCGUUGUAUUGAUCGAACUCAUUGCAUAUGGAAGUUAAGAGUCUCGAAGGGUGCCCUGUUGUCUCCCACAUUGUUCUUGAACACGGAUUUUAAACUGGAAGUAAAUGCUGAUGCGGCUUUUGUUGA